AGUUUUUUGGUGGUGAUGGAAAACAUUAACGAUUUAAUUUUGCGACUACUAAAUGUUGGUAGUGUGGAUAAAGGUCUUACCAAAACAGUUCGUGAGUCAGAAAUCUUAUCACUUUUACGAGAAAUAUUCAUGGCCCAGUCAUCACUAAUAGAGAUUGAUCCUCCUGUUCGCAUCUGUGGUGAUACGCAUGGUCAGUAUGGUGAUCUGCUGCGAAUAUUUAAUCUUGGUGGCUUUCCUCCUGUAUCCAAUUACUUAUUCCUUGGUGAUUAUGUUGAUCGUGGACGGCAAAAUUUAGAGACCAUAAUUUUACUUUUUUGCUACAAGGUCAAGUUUCCCAAUAACUUUUUCUUACUCCGUGGAAAUCAUGAGUGUGCGAAUGUAAAUCGCGUAUACGGAUUUUAUGAAGAAUGUGUGCGACGUUUUAAUUCAGUUCAAAUUUGGCAAACAUUCCAGGAUACUUUUCAAUGUAUGCCAUUGUCAGCACUUGUUGGCGAGCGUAUAUUGUGCAUGCACGGAGGGAUAUCACCAGAAUUGAAAAGUAUUCAGCAGUUACGUGAAAUUAAGCGUCCAACGGAUGCAUCAGUGCCAUCACUUGAGAUGGAUUUACUUUGGGCAGAUCCAGUCAUCGGCAUUAGCGGUUUUCAAGCAAAUUUGCGUGGGGCUUCAGUUGGUUUUGGUCCUGAUAUUCUAGCAACAUUAUGUAAACAACUCAAUAUUGAUAUGAUAGCUCGAGCUCAUCAGGUGGUGCAAGAUGGAUAUGAAUUUUUCGGUGCUCGAAAAUGUGUCACAAUUUUUUCUGCUCCACAUUAUUGUGGCCAAUUUGAUAACGCUGCAGCAAUGAUGUCAGUUGAUCAGAAUCUUGUCUGCUCAUUUCAAAUUUUAAGGCCAACAUUAGGUCGUGCAGCAACUAAAAUUGUGCCGACUUCUAUGGGAAAAUGUUGA